AUGGGUAUUACAGGUUUACUGCCUAUGCUUAAAAAUCAUAUCGACUAUGUGGAGGUGUCAGAUUUAAAGGGGCUUAAGAUAGGAGUAGAUGGAUACUCCUGGCUGUACAAAGCCAUCACAGUGCAUGCGUCUGAUAUAUAUCUGCGACCUAAGGACCCAGAGGUCAUAAAUAAGUACGUCUCUUUUUGCAUUAGAAAGUGCCAGGCACUAAUUGCACACGGAGUUGAGCUAUUCUUUGUAUUUGACGGGGAAGAACACCCCAUGAAAAAGAGCACCAACCAGAAAAGAAGGGACCGAAAGGCACAGAUGCAGAGCAAGGUAGAGCACCUUAUUGCAAGAGGGAAUAUUAGAGAUGCCAGGCCGCUGAUGAGCCGGUGCAUGAAGGUGGACGCAGAUAUGGUAAGCAACCUGGCUGCAGCUCUGAAGAAAAUUAACGUGCCCCACAUGAUUGCACCCUACGAGGCAGACCCCCAGCUUGUAUACCUAGAGAAAAAAGGAAGAAUUGACUGCAUCACCACAGAAGACAGUGACUUAAUUGUCUAUGGCGCAAAGAAGAUACUGUUUAAGCUGAAUGAAGCGCAUGGUGGCGAACUGUAUAAUAGGGAAAAAAUCCUAGCAAGCUGCUCUUUGCCAAUAAAGUGCCUUCUUACACAGCUGAAGGAGAUUGUGUCUCUGAGUGGAUGCGAUUACACUGACGGCAUAAGCAAAGUGGGGCUAAUCACUGCGCAUAAGCUGAUCAUGAUGCACAAGACAGUUGAAGGCUGCAUUCAGUAUCUUGCGCAGAAGCAGAACAGCGUUACAGAUCAUAUAGAUGUCUGCUCGAAAGUCAUUUGCACAUUCAACAUGCACGUGGUAAAAGACCCAGUCACUGGCCGUAGAGUCCACCUGGCAGACUCAACAGAAAAAGCAGCAGCCGACAUCUCCUCGUUUGAUGAUGUGUCUUUUCUGGGGCUUCUUGAGCCUGUAUAA